AGCUCCCCUUCUCCUAUACGAAAGAGGGGCUUUUGCUCUGUUGCCCUUUGCGAAUGUCAAAAAUCCCAAUUGGAGAGACGGAGACGGUGACGGUGACGACUCAAGAAAAUCCCCCCAAGCCAACAAUUCCUCCUCUCCUUCUCCCCCCUCAAACCCUAUUCCAUCCACCUACAAUCAAUCGCCAUUAAUCCCACUCAUCAUCAUCAUCUCCUCUUGAUCCCAAUUCGAUCGUCUUCCCCCCUGAUCUUCGACUUCUCUCUCUCUCUCUCUCUCUCUCUCUCUCUCUCUCUCUCUCUCUCUCUCUCUCUCUCUCUCUCUUCCAAUUUUGAUAUUCUAUCGUCACUGAUCACCGAUUGUGUUAUCCGCAUGCUCCUGAAGACAAGUUGUGAUUUCAAACAAAGGUGAUUGUAAUCGGAAUGGGUCUGUUGUUAACGGCUAAUUUGUUGCUGUUGUGACUGCCAAAGGGUUUUGGUGAAUGAGGAUGGGGCUGGAAUCUUCUGGAGAAUCACUUGCUUUCUCAAGUCCAUUCGUUGAAUCCUUUGAUUGGGGGUUUUAGCAUACAUAUACAUACACAUAUAUUUUGUAUCGUUAUUACUUUAGGUGUAUAUCUAUCUAUCUAUAUAUUUAUAGGAGCGCAGGGGGUUAUGGAUGAGAUCGGUACUAGUAAGGAAGGUGAACCUCAAUCAUCAGCAGCGGCUGAAAGCUUAUCAUCGUCGCCGCGGUCGUCUUUGUCGUCGUCCGUGGCUAUUGCCAAGCAAUGGCGCCCGAGCCAGUUAAUCUUCUCUCCUUACUCUCCCGAUACGAAUGCCAAGCCCCAAAAUUUGCGAGUUGUCGUCAGAAGGCCUGUGAUAUCCAGAUUGACAAAGGACAUAGUUGAAACGUAUAAAAUAUGCAACCCGCAAUUCCAAUAUUCAGAAGAAUUGAAUCCGAAGCGAUUCUUGACAAGCCCAUCAAUUGGCGUGCUCAAUGACGGUCAUGAUAAUGCAAACUCAGAUCUUAUAUUGGCUGUGAACUUAGUCUUGGUUAACUUGGAGACACAGCGAAGAUACAUUGUCAAGGAAAUUCUUGGCCAAGGUACAUUUGGGCAGGUUGCCAAAUGCUGGGUUGCAGAAACCAGCAGCUUUGUUGCUGUUAAAAUAAUAAAAAAUCAACCUGCAUAUUAUCAACAAGCACUGGUUGAAGUUUCUAUUUUGACAACGUUAAAUAGGAAGUUUGAUCCAGAUGAUCGGCAUCACAUAGUUCGCAUUUACGACUACUUUGUGUACCAUCGUCAUUUAUGCAUCACUUUUGAGCUGCUUGAUACCAACUUGUAUGAGCUUAUCAAGAUAAACCAGUUUAGGGGAUUGUCAUUGAGCAUUGUCCAAUUGUUCUCCAAACAGAUUCUGCGUGGAUUGUCGCUGAUGAAAGAUGCUGGCAUAAUUCAUUGCGAUUUGAAACCUGAAAACAUUCUUUUAUGCACAAGCGUGAAGCCGGCACAAAUCAAAAUCAUUGAUUUUGGAUCUGCAUGCAUGGAAGAUCGCACUGUUUACUCGUAUAUUCAGAGCCGUUAUUAUAGAUCUCCUGAAGUGCUGCUUGGCUACCAAUAUACUACUGCGAUCGACAUGUGGUCCUUUGGGUGCAUAGUGGCUGAACUGUUUUUGGGGCUUCCGCUCUUCCCUGGAGGGUCAGAAUUUGAUCUUCUAAGGCGGAUGAUAAAAAUACUCGGAGGACAACCCCCUGAUUAUGUACUGAAGGAGGCCAAAAACACUUGCAAGUUCUUCAAGUUUGUUGGCAAUGUCAACCACGAGGAGCCAAUGAGCAGAUGGAGUGCUUACAAAGCAUUAACUGAGGAAGAGUACGAAACUAGAGAGUCGAAAAAACCAUUGGUUGCAAAAGAGUAUUUCAAGUAUACGAACCUUGAAGCAAUUGUCAGAGAAUACCCGUACAGGCAAAACUUGUCUGAGGAAGAUCAUGUUAAAGAGAGUCGGUUACGAUUAGCAUUGAUCGAUUUCUUGAGGGGACUCGUUGAGUUUGACCCAGCAAAACGGUGGUCACCUUUGCAGGCUUCAAAACACCCUUUUGUGACAGGAGAACCUUUCAUAUGCCCUUAUAAUCCUCCUCCAGAGACCCCUCGCGUGCCGGUUUCUCAGAACAUUAAAGUGGAUCACCACCCUGCUGGAGGCCAUUGGUUUGCUGCGGGUCUCUCUCCCAAUAUUCCAGGAAUGACCAGAGUUGCUGUGCAUAACAGUCCACAUUUUCAUGUUGUACCAUAUGCACAUUCAGGUAGUUAUGGAAGUUUAGGAAGCCAUGGUAGCUAUAACGAUAAUACUGGGCUUGGGAGCAGCUAUGGGAGCUAUGGAGAGAAUAGUAAUAUGCUUGCAUAUUAUUCGCCGGUUGGUCCAUCUGGGAUGAAGGGUGGAAUGCCAAUACUUGGAAGUAGUCCUGAUGCAAGGCGGAGAAUUCAACUCCCACCUGGAAAUAGACUUGGCGUCAGUCCAUCAGCAGGAAAUUUUGUGCCUAUGUCCCUUGGCACCAGUCCUUCACAAUUUACUCCACCGACCUAUAGUCAAGUUGGUGCCGGUUCUCCUGGACAAUAUGGUCCAACAUCACCAGUAAGAGGCAGUUGUCAUGGAUCGCCUUUAGGGCCCUCAGUAAGCCAGUUUAAUAGGAGAAAGAGUUGGGGGUACCAUGGAAGUGUGCAGUCUCAGGAGAGUUCAUCAUUUCCUCAUUGGCAAGGGCAAGUAACUGAUAGUUCCAGCUCUGCCCAGGCUGAGGGGAAUUCUCCAGUGCAUGGUUCUCCGUUGCAUCCACAGUCAAACUUGAAUGCCUCGAGCUGGAAGCAGCAACGAGGAGGCAGUGGAAUCACCGCUGGUUACUCCGCUGCUCAUAAUUUUCCAGCUUCAUUAACACUUCCAAAUAUGCAAUCCUCUCAACCAAUUGAAAAUGCUCGUGACAAUUCCGAGGGUAGUCUCUCACUGCCUGGUCCUGGAGAUUGGGAUCCCAACUAUAGCGAAGAACUUCUUUUGCAAGAUGAUGGUUCAGAAGUUAGCUCCAUGGCCACUGAAUUCAGCAGAAUGCAACUAGGUCAAGCUUUGCUUCCCACUGAAUCAUUGGGUUAUGUUAGAAGAUCUAACCACAGCGCCGGCACGAGUUUUCCAUCAACGCAUAGGCCAAAUGGACUGAUUCAACCAUUUUCAACUGGAGAAGUAGGCAGUUCUCAGUCAGGCCAUGAUAUGCAUGGUGGGUUUGCCCGCCCCGUGACAAAGUCUUCACAUUUAAUGCCACAUAGUUCUCCAAGCCGAUUAGGGCAGCAACCAGUUCAGCGGUUAAAUCAUGGGAGGUCCACAGCUGGUCGUGGAAGUGAGUGGAAUCAUACGAGGGUUCAGCCAUCUUCUUCCAGCUCAGGGGUUUCUCAUUCACCUGGAAACAGCUUAUUCAGCAAUGGCACGUCAUGGGGUAAAUCUGCCUAUUUUCCAUGCCAUUCCAAAUCUGUUCUUCUUUCUUUUAGGUUGUAUUUUGCUGUAGGAUUUGGGUGAGGAAAAGGAUAAUAAAUAGAAACAGGUUAAGGAUCUAACAGCUCAAGACGAUUACAUCCUUAACCUUUUCCUUUUGCUUGCCUAUAUCCUUGAGCCAAAUACAGCUUUAUACUCCACCUAUUUCCACUUGCAUGAUAAUAGGAUGUAUUUUAAGUAACAGAUACUUCGGCAAAGUAAAAUUAAUGAUUGCAGGAUGAAAGGGGAAAAUGUGAAUGCAUAAGGUGAUGUUUUUAGAUUUUAACCCACCCUGGCAUUCUAUUGUAGGGCGUAGGGGCAACCAUCAUUCCGCCAACAUUCCACCAACAUCACGUGGAAGAAAAGAUCAUGGAAGGAUUUCGUAAUUUGCAUAAUGCUUAAUUUUCUUUCCCAAGGGGGUCUGUGUUGAGGUUGGCAGGAAAAGUUGUACCAGGAGUUGCAAAUCGAAACCAUCCGCAUUGAUUGUGCUUGCAUAAAAUUUAAUUUAUGAUUGUGGUGUCCUCA